CGAUGAGAGGUUACGUGUUCAGGAAUCGGUUGUCGAAGAAGAAGUUGAACGGUUUGAAACAGUAAGAAUGGCCAAUACUCUAUUUAUACAUUUUUGUUAUACAUAGUAGCCCUAUAUGUACACUCCGAAAUCAAAAAAAGACUACUUGUUGUGCAACACUACACAACAAAACCAUCACGUUGCACCAAUUUGUUGGGAACCGCUUCAAACAGGAAUAGCCGUUUACUAUUCUUCGCACACAGCAGAAGCAGGUUCAGAGGAACCGUUUUUCAAACAGUUUCAACUUGUUCCUCUUGCAACAGUUACCGUUUAAUUCAACCCGCAACUUUAUUUUCAUUUCAUACAUAAGCAACCCAGAAGGGCGAGCACCAGAAAGAAGCAAUCUUUUCAUCGGAUUUGGCAUCAGAGAGAGAAGGGUCGUGCAGAGGAACACGUUUGGGCAAGAGGGUGUUGUUGAGAGAAAGGUGUUUCUCAGUGAUGGUGACUUUAACCCAUGGGAGAAAGGAAGGGCAGGGAAAGAGACUUGGGAAAUACGAAUUGGGAAGAAUUCUUGGAGAAGGAAAUUUUGGAAAGGUCAAGUUGGCAAGGGACACUAAUUCUGGGAAGCUUUUCGCUGUUAAGAUUCUUGAGAAGAACAAAAUCAUUGACCUCAAUAACACUGAUCAGAUAAAGAGGGAAAUAUCUACCUUGAAGCUUCUGAAGCACCCUAAUGUCGUCAGAUUAUACGAGGUCUUGGCUAGCAAAACCAAAAUUUACAUGGUACUUGAGUACGUGAAUGGAGGAGAGUUAUUUGACAAAAUUGCAUCCAAAGGUAAACUUGAAGAAGCUGAAGGUAGAAAGAUAUUCCAACAGUUGAUUGAUGGUGUGAGUUUCUGCCACACCAAAGGUGUAUUCCACAGGGAUCUUAAGCUGGAGAAUGUUCUUGUCGAUGCCAAAGGGAACAUAAAGAUAACUGAUUUUAAUCUUAGUGCUUUGCCUCAGCAUUUUAGGGAUGAUGGGUUGCUUCACACUACUUGUGGAAGUCCCAACUAUGUUGCUCCUGAGAUUCUUGCUAAUAAAGGAUAUGAUGGUGGAACAUCAGAUAUAUGGUCAUGUGGUGUUAUCUUGUAUGUAAUUCUUACAGGGUAUCUUCCUUUCGAUGACAGAAAUCUUGCAGUUCUUUAUCAAAAGAUUUUUAAAGGAGACCUUCAGAUACCAAGAUGGUUAUCGGCCGGUGCUCGAAACAUGAUAAAAAGAAUGCUUGAUCCAAAUCCUAAAACCCGGAUAACAAUGGCUAUGAUCAAAGAAGAUGAAUGGUUCAAAGAAGGUUAUAUUCCUGCAAAUCCAGAAGAUGAAGAAGAGGGUGUGUUCAUUGAUGAUGAAGCCUUUUCCAUUCAUAAUACGUCACUUGAAUCAGAUCAGGGUAGUCCAACAUCAACACUUGUCAAUGCAUUUCAAUUGAUAGGGAUGUCUUCAUGUCUAGAUCUCUCUGGCCUUUUUGAGAAUGAGGAUGUUACUGAGAGGAAGAUAAGGUUUACAUCCACUCAUUCACCAAAAGAUUUGGAGGAGAGGAUAGAAGACAUUGUAACAGGGAUGAGAUGUAGGGUCCAGAAGAGGAAUGGGAUGAUGAAAGUGACACAAGAUACUAAAGCACAGAAAUGUCUUUGUAGUCUUUCAGUGAUAAUAGAGAUCUUCGAAAUCAGUCCAACAUUGUUUGUAGUAGAGUUGAGUAAGUGUUGUGGAGAUGCUUCUGUGUAUAGACAGUUAUGCCAGAAAUUGUCAAAUGAAUUGGGUUUUGAGCCAAACCAACAGCUAGAGAGCUCAGAAAUGAUAGGCCUACUAAGAGAAAAUAAUUUGGAAGCUAUAUAAUGUAUAGAUGUGUGAUGCUUCUUUUUGUUGUCUAGGGUGGGUGAGAUGAUGAUGUAGAUGCGUUAAAAUAUUAAUUGUAUAUAUAAUAUUCUAUUUUUCCAUGGCAAAUUCUCCAUCAAUUUGUUGUA